AUGGAACCGUACGUGGUGUUGGACCCACGACAGAGAGCUCUGUAUCGUGACGUGAUGCAGGAGAGCUACGAGACGCUGAUGGCACUGGAAUUCCCUGUUUCUAAACCCGAUCUGCUGUCCCGCCUGGACCACAGAACUGAACCUACAGCCCUAGAUCUCCACGUGCCCAAGGACACCUCGACUGAUGGAGCAGGAGCAGAGCAGGAACCACCUCAAGAAGAAACUACUGAGAAAGAGCCUGAAGUGGUGAAACCUGUGGGUGAGGAGCAUCCUUUGAACCCCACCGAGGUUGGGGUGAAGACAAACAGGAGCCUGGGACCGGUGGAAACAUCCACGCGUCCACCUGAGACUCAACCCAGCAACACGUGCGGCGAAUGCGGGAAGAACUUCAGCCACAAAUCAGCUCUGGUGAAACAUCAGAAGAUCCACACCGGUGACCGUCCCCACGAAUGUCCUGACUGUGGCAAAUGCUUCAUCCAACGUUCAGAUCUCACCAUCCACCAACGGGUCCAUACUGGUGAACGACCUUACGCCUGCCCCGACUGCGGGCGCCGCUUCAGCGUCAGCUCUUCUUUACUCACCCACCAACGUACCCACGCGCCCGGUGGUGAGAAACCCAACCGUUGUCCUCAGUGUGGUCGUAGCUUUGCUGAUCCAGGAGCUCUUGACCGACACCAGAAAAGCCACCUUGGUGGGAAACCCUACGAGUGUGGAGUGUGUGGAAAAGCUUUUGCCUGGAGUUCCCACCUCGAACGACAUCGCCGUAUCCACACCGGUGAGAAACCUUUCCAGUGCCCUGAAUGUGGUCGAGCUUUCGCUUGGAGCUCCCACCUUGACCGCCACAUGCGUACCCACGUUGCCACUGCUGCUUCUGAAGAUGAAGAAGAUGGAGAAGCAGAAGAAGAACCUCCACCACCUCCUCAAAAAUGUUCCGACUGCGGCAAACGCCUCAAUCAUCAAACAGACCCUCAACGUUUUAAACACAAAGGUACCCAAACGUCACCGACCGGUACCGAGCCCACCAACAACCCACCGCGUCCCCAUCGCUGUGAGGAGUGUGGAAAAUGUUUCUCCCAGACCUCCAACCUCCUCAAACACCAACGUGUCCACACCGGUGAGCGGCCAUAUCCUUGCCCAGAUUGCAACCGUUGUUUCCGUUGGGUUUCAGCUCUUACCAAACACCAACGUACCCAUAACCGUCAACAACAACUUGAUGAUACCAUCAAAACCAUUCCAACAACCUCAGAAGAAACCAACACCAGAGGAAAUAACAAACCUUACCCAUGUGGUUCAUGUGGGAAAAGUUUUGGUUGGAUUUCACACUUAGAACGUCAUCGUCGGAUCCAUACUGGAGAAAAACCUUUUCGUUGUGGAGAAUGUGGACGAGCUUUCGCCGUCAGUUCUCAUUUGGAACGACAUCGUCGGAUUCAUACCGGUGAACGACCUUACCGGUGUGGUGAUUGCGGGAAAAACUUCGCCAACGUCACCGACGACUUCACCGAGGUGAAAAACCUUAUCAAUGUGGUCUUUGUGGCAAAGGUUUUACUUGGAGUUCUCACUACGAUCGACACCGACUCACUCACACCGGUGAAAAACCUUUCCCUUGUGCUCACUGUGGGAAAUGUUUCGGUCGGAGCUCUCACCGGAACCGUCACCAACGGGCUCAUGCUCAGGAGAACACCAAAAAACCACAUGUUUGUCCUCAAUGUGGGAAAACUUUUGGUCUUGCCACGGCUUUGGCGGCUCAUCAACGUCUACACGGCGGUGUCGUCGGCACGGGGGGUUGUAGCCCCCUCUCCUUAUUGCCACCUACGUGGUGGGAGG